GCCAAGAGGUGUGAGCCACACUGUGCAGGAUGAAGCUCGUCACCAUGGCCCUGGCGUGCAUGCUGCUGGCUGGGAUGUGGCUUCGAGACGUGGAAGGCAGGAACAUGCAUGUGUCAUCCUCCAACUGUUGUUUCGUCUUUGUGGAGAGAAAGAUUCCCCAGCAGAUAAUCCAGUGUUAUAAACGCACCAGCUCCACCUGCUCCCGCAGGAGUCUAAUAAUCAAGCUGAGGGGCGGCAGAGAGACAUGUGUCUUGGAGACAGCCUCAUGGGUUAAACAUCAUUUAAAAACUAUGAAACCAUGCCCACUAAAGUAAAUGUGGGAGGAUUUCUUUCCAUCCUGGACUCCGAAGACGGCGUGGCUUCACCUGUCCCCCCAACCCCCCACCCCACACCCGUCCUUCUGCCCAGCUUUGCCA